AUCUACCUGCUUACUACAAAAGCUGUUAAAUUGCGCGCCUUUCUCGAUUUUUUUAUAAACGCAAAGCUCGUGUAGAGGAUGAACGUGUUGGGACAUGUUCGCGGCAAGCGGGUUGAUUCUUGUUUUGUUUGCUUCGAGCUUCGCCGGCCCUCGCAACUCGGGUUGUUUUGAUCUGUCUCGCUUGGUGUGCACUCGUUCAUAGUUUCAAACUUACGUAAAAUACGCGUUACUUCUACUUAAAAAUGAUUUGCAUGGAACUUUUGUUUGUGCUUACGACAUGUGUGUGGGCGCAAGCCAUGCCAAUGGGUUGUAGUGAGGACGCACAUUGCCCGAGUGGCUUCUACUGUGAAGCCAGCGAACUGUUCUGCCGGGAAUGCCUUCGGUGUCAGGACCUGAAGCGUCAGUCUCCACCGACACUGACAACUUGCAUCACUUCUGUUACUCAAUGUGGCCCUUGUUUUUCUGAACUAAUAGAAGACAUAGACAAUCACUGCGUGUCGCCGGAGAGUGGGAAGCAACUGCUCCCUUAUGAAUGGGCGGUGAUUGCAGUGUCGCUUGUCUUGGCGGUGUUAGUCUGUGCUGCGGCGGCGUACAUUCUACGCAACUUCCACACAUUCAAGAUACGCGCCUCAACGCGGACGUCGGUUCAUUCUCCCGAGGAAAGCAUCGUAGCGGCGAGCGCGCCUCACCCGCCACCCCCGUAUAACGUCGUCGCCGCGUUGCCACCCGCCAGUCAAUGCGAAGAAUCCCUGCCUUUCAUCAAGCCAGUAUCCUCGCCGCAUAGAAGCGAGGCUCGCGAGUCCGCUGGUAGUCAAUCUGCGCGAGUGUUCAACAAUCCUUCUUAUGUACGCACUUUACAGCCCAGUUACGAGAUCCCAACGGAACACGAUGAAAUUUUGCCGACGAUCCAAGAAAACAUAUCUGACAACGAACACAAUAUCAGCGCCAACUCGGUGUCACGGGCUGAAGGUUCCACUACAAAUGUGUUGAGCCCAGCGCCGCCUACCAAAAUACUACGAGUUGGACAGGACUCCAACAAUAACAGAGACAGUGACGUCGGCGACAGCUCGUCCCAGCCCCCCCUCGCUCACGGCGGGACCGCGUUCAUCAUCAACGUCAUUAAAAACGUCAACGCGGUGCAACAGCGAAACGAACUGACGCUGUGACGUCACACGUCUCUACUUAGUACCUAGUUACUUAGCUUACCUCAUUAUUUCAAUGUCCAUUCCAUUACUCAUGUUGGAUGGAUAAAAGUUCCGGACAAAAUGUUUUGUGUCCACUUUUGUAGUGUAUGAAGGGCAAUAUACCUACACCAUGCAUGUCGGCAAUAUUAUAUCGACGGCUUUAUUGGCGGCUUUACUCGUGCAUGAUGUAAAACUAAGUGCGCAACGGAGCACGUGGAUUUACGCAAGUCGACCACAGCCAACAUGUCGCCGAAAUGGCGGGUGGAUGUUGCCGACUUGAUUCUUUUUAUAGGUUGUGUCGGCGACUUAGGUAGAAUUUUCUGACGCACAAGGCCUAA